AUGGCCGUCCGAAAUGGCGGCCGGUCGGGGUCUCGAAAUGGAGAUGAAAACACAAGCACGUGCCCGACGCUGUCCAACUCGGAUCUCCAUCUCGAACCUAGCCAGCACCACGAUGCCUUGUCUUGCGUAACCAAAGAAACAUCCCAAGAAGAUUGUGCCAGGCACAGAUUCAUCGUCUGGGCGGCGGUGAAACGAAACUCGUCCACACGCAUGACUCCCCAGGAACGGCUGGAAUGCCCGCUGCUGAGAUGUACGCAGCGGUUCCUGGACCACGAGUCGAUGCUCAAGCACUUAGCAAAGUGCAGGUAUCUUGCCUCGGGAGAGUAUUGGUGUUACGAUCACAUGAGGUUGGAACGCUUCGACGACCUCAAAUGCAAGAGGUGUUUGGGCCAUCCAUCGAAGAGGAGGAAGAUGCUGUCACUGGCGAAGACCUUCUUCCACUCGCUUGGGCAUAAGGGCAAGAGGGGACCUGGCGCCGCUUUUAUCGACGACGAAGUUUUGCGACAGCCGCCUCCGAGCUACGACUCCCUGAACAUCCCCACCACCGAUGCCAACGCGAGCGAGCUGCCAUCGACCGAGAUUCUUGAAAUCGAUUCCUUCGAAGUGUCCAUCCUCGACCCCACUCCUGCGCCAGCUCCCCUCCUUGAGCCCACUCCUGCGCCAGCUCCCGGCGAUGGCAUCGAUCCCCAGGCGCUCCUCAUGCCCACGGUCCCGGCCCUCCCCGAGCUCGACUCGACCGAGACUUUUACUCAAUGGCAACCUGGGUCGGGAUUUACGCCAUCGCCAUACCCAAUCUCGGGCUACCCCUUCCCACCCGCGACGAUGAGCACCCCUUCCACCUUCGACGCCCAACUUUUUGCUACCCCGCAUGAUUCCGACCUUCUGAGGGGCGCAACCUUCAAGUCUGCACUGCAGUUGACCACCGGCGGUCUCGCCAACCGUCGCCAAGUGCCUCGGCAGCCCCGCGGCCGUGUCCUGCGGCUGCGCGCAGCAGCAUGGGCCUCUCGCCUAGCUCGUGGUCCGGUCGACAGCCAGUACCGACUCCAACACGAGCGCGGUGAGCUACGGCAGCUCGAUGAUCUCUUCGGCUCUGAUUGGACUCCUGCGCCGGGAAUUGCACCGGUCGAGACCACUGUGCAGCCCAUUGAGAUGGGUGAGCCAGAGGUUGAACAGACGAACACGUGCUUCUCCGAGACGAAGUCGCUAGUGGGCUCGGCGUGGGAUGCUUUGCAAGAGCACAUCCUGUCGUCUAUGGUGAAACUCCAAGGCCACAGGGGCAACUACAUUGCCAACCAGCUCAGCUCCAUGUCGAUCGAGACAGUGGCGGCGACGGGCCUACGGGCUUUACAAUCGCUCAUCGACGGCCAGCAACCGUCGUCAGCCAGCGAUGCUUUGUGCUUGAUCCACCUCGUCUACGCAUUUUCGUUGGUGCUCCAUGGGCAGGAGGCCGCCGACCGCGCCAACAGCCUCUUUCUACAAUCUUUGGUUUAUGUCAACGGGCUACCGUCAAACGACAGAAAGCUUUACCAUCAAAUUGUUUUAAACAUAUGGCAACCGCCAAACUUCAACCCGACCGAGGCCAGCCGUCACCUUUCCGCGGCGUUAGGUAAUACGUCGGGGCUUUCGCUUGAUCCCAAGGGGAAGUCGCCAGAGGGUUCUAUCAAGGGUCUGGGGCGGCGAAACGACGCAGUACUUGCCGUGUCGCGUGAUUUCCUUGAUGAACUUGAGAUCAGUCUCUUGGAUCAAGACCCUCCUCCGCUCAAUGCUCAAGGGCCCGACGUGCAUAUCGCGCACCUAAAGGACGUAAACCCAACCGGUUUGAUGGAGGUAGCAUUGGUUUCAACGGCAAAAGGCGUCCUCAAGAUGCUUGUUCAACGGUUCAACGAUGCUAGUCUGAGGACGAUGCUCGAGGAAAUCUAUCAAAGGCUCCGCACCUGCAGCAUCUGCAGCAUCCGACGUUUCGAAGUUGAAUUACUUCAGGCUGGCAAGGUGAGUUAUACGAAUCGAGACUUUGGUUGCUUCGCUAACAAUGAGAUGCAGACCUGCCUGCCUACUGGAAAGUUCUUGGGCGAUUUUGUUCCGAACGUCAGAGAGUUGUGCGACCGAAUAUACGAACAACACGACGUGGGACCCUCGCGGCGCGACGUCUACCACGGUUAUGGCGUCAAGUUGAUCGAGAGCCUCGUAUCGGAGUUCGGCCGGUCAAGCAACAAACCGAGGACACCACCGCCCGACGACAUCGAUAUGUUCUUGAACGACGUCUCCGAGGCAGGCAAUACACCAGCGCAUCCACAAUCGGCCACCUUCCCCGAGCUCAACGACUCUGAUUCGAAACCAAUCCAGCUCCCCACGCCGACGGCAAGCCCCGGCGACAGCCCAGCGAGAAACUCGGCAGGGAGCCCGUCAGAGCAGGCGCAGCAGCCACCAACCGAAACACCAGAACAGCAACAGUCAGGGCAAAAGGUGAACGCGGAUUCGUGCUGCGACAUCUGCGGGUACCGGCCCAAGGGUGACCCGCAGUGGUUCAAGGGCAGCAUGGCCAAGCACAUUAAACUGCAGCACAGCAAGGCGCCACCCAAGAUCUACAAGUGCCCGUAUCCCGGAUGCACCAGCCAGUACAAGAACCGGCCGGACAACCUGCGGCAGCACCAGAUCGAAAAGAACCACUGGGUACAGGGUGACAAAAGCACUUCCAGGCGGCCUAACAAGAGGAAGAAGGUGGCGGAAGAAGAUUAG